AAUCAGGGGCGAACCAGUUGGACUGACGUCAUUCUGAUCCAAUCAGGGAGCGCGGGGCGGGGCUGAUUGAUUGACGUCCGUUGUCUCCGAUCAGGGGGCGGCCGGAAGUGGAUGGGGGCGGGGCGAGGCGGCCGGAAGUGGAGGGAGGGAGGGAGCGGAGGAACAAGAAUGGCGGCGAAGACCUUGGAGCCGCUGACGGAGCCGCUCAGUUCACACGCGGCCGCCUCCACCCGAGUUUAGGAGCCGUUGCUGUGGACUGAGAGACGGGGACAUGAACGGCCAUUCAGGGCGGCCAGGGUGCCUGUGAGCCCCCCACAUCUGUUCGGUGUGCGUGCUGAGCUUCGAGGGGCUGCGCUUCGAUGGAGGACCACAUGACGGGGCAUAACAAGGGGAAGCGUUAUGAGUGUGACGUGUGCGGCAAGGCCUGGCAGAAGCCGUGCCUGCUGGAGAUCCACCGGCGGGUGCACACGGGAGAACGUCCCUUCGACUGCUCGGAAUGCAGCAAGAGCUUCACCAGCUCCAGUACCCUGCAGGGGCACAACCGCGUGCACUCCAGCGAAUAUCCCUUCACCUGCUCCGACUGUGGCAAGAGCUUCAAGACGGCGAAUCAACUGAAGAAGCACUGGCAGGUGCACACGGGUGAGAAGCCCUAUGGCUGCUCCACCUGCGGCAAGAGCUUUGCCCAGUCGUCGGCGUUGUGGGAGCACCGGCGGGUGCAUAGCAGUGAGCGGCCCUUCACCUGCUCCAACUGCGGCAAAGACUUCAAGUCGUCCAAACAACUGAAGGUGCACACGCGCCUGCACACUGGGGAGCGGCCCUACACCUGUGCCCAAUGCGGCAAGGGCUUCACCCAGUCCCACAACCUGCUGUUGCACCAGCGCACCCACACUGGCGAGCGCCCCUUCACUUGCGCCCAGUGUGGCAAGGGCUUCACCAGCUCCACUAGGCUGCAUUUCCACCAGCGGACCCACACCGGGGAGCGCCCCUACACCUGUGCCCAGUGCGGCAAGGGCUUCACCCAUUCCGGCAACCUGCUGGUGCACCAGCGCACCCACACCGGCGAGCGUCCCUACACCUGCAACAACUGCGGCAAGGGCUUCACCCACUCCAGCUACCUGCUGGUGCACCAGCGCACCCACACCGGCGAGCGUCCGUACACCUGCUCCCAUUGCGGCGAUGGUUUCGCCCAGUCCAGUCACCUGCUGGUUCACCAGCAAACCCACACCGGCGAGCGUCCC